AACUGCUACAAACUCCGUAGUUGCAACCAACUCAACGUUGGUGCUUCAUUCAUGCACUUCUCGCACUCUUAGCCUCUUUGGUUAGUUUCUACGUGCAAUGCUCCUCAACCAACAGUAUGAAGAUCCAGUCAAUGAUUUCCUCAGGCCACCCUCAUCCUCCACCAUCUCCUUCAUUUCCUUCUCCGAUCUCAACACCACCGAGGAGCACAACAUUGGGUCGCCGUUGCCGUAAAUGUAGAAAAUCGCGCCAGUUUUGUGUUCAUUAAGGAUUUUGAGAUCGACCACAAUGACCGUACAAUUUGGGAGAUCAGGAUCGCUUUCGGGAAUCUUGAAGACGACCUUGAUUUUUUUCAUGUGAGCAUUGUUUUAAUCUUUUUUGUCUACUUUGGGUUUGCUUGCGGUUUUAGGCUUGGGUCUCUCUUUUUUCUUUUUUUUCUUUUUUUUUUUUCUAUUUGAUUGAUGAAAAAAUGAAGGGAAAUCUCCAUGGAAAAGGCAUCUUAAUGCUUUAAUCAGUUUGCUUAAUUUUGGAAAGUAAAAAUACAGAUGUAUU